CGGAGCGGAUGUGACGUCAGAGUCCGGCCUCCAAAACAACCGGAGCACAAUUUUCUUGUUAUGAAAGAGUGAUAUGUUGGAUAACCGCCGUGUGGUUGAUCUUACACAACAGCAGCGAGGACCCGGAGGAGCUGGAGAACUUCCGGUCGUCUGGUUUAGUCAGAAGACGUCUGAAGAAAGUUGCUGAAUGAGAAAAGACAGAGACACAAACAUGGCGAAGAGGAGAGCGGGAACGGAGACCGAGGCCGGUACAAAGAAACCGAGGCAGGUGCCGAAGACGAAGGGCAGCGCCGCUAAAGAGAGAGAGAAGAAGAAAGAUGCAGGUAACGGCAUCACAGAGAAAGAGGACACGCUUGAGAGGAAGGUCAACGCCAAGAAACGUCAGUCCUCAAAACCACCAGAGAGAAACAACUCUCCCGCCAAGACCAGCGCCAAGACCAGCGCCAAGACCAGCGCCAAGACCAGCGUCAAGACCAGUGACAAGACCAGCGUCAAGACCAGCGUCAAGACCAGUGACAAGACCAGCUCCAAGACCAGCGACAAGACCAGCAUCAAGACCAGCUCCAAGACCAGUGACAAGACCAGCUCCAAGACCAGUGACAAGACCAGCGUCAAGACCAGCUCCAAGACCAGUGACAAGACCAGCUCCAAGACCAGUAAAUACUUCCAGUCACCAGUGAAGCAGCAGGAGAUCGAUAGUGAAGAUGAGUUUGACAUGAUGACAUCACCACCACCUGUGGUUAAAGUGAACGCCAAGAAACCGGAGAGAGAAGAGAAGGAGGAGGCGGAGGAAGAGGAGGAGGAGGAGGAGGAGAUGGAGGAGGAGGAGGAGGACAGUGAGGAAGACGAGGAUGAUUGGGAGGAAGUGGAAGAGCUGGCUGAGCCGCUGGGUCCAGUUGAACCUCCAGAACCCGUCCUCCCCUCGGAGCCCGUGGAGAUCGAGAUCGAGACUCCGGAGGUCAGACGGAAGCAGAAGAGAAAGGCGGAGUUUGAAACGUACCUGAGGAGGAUGAUGAACAGACACAAGAAAGACCUGCUGAUAGACAUACACAAGGUUCACCUCAUGUGCCUCAUCGCCAGCGGGAUGUUUCGUAACCGUGUGUGCAGCGAACCCGACCUGCUGGCCGUCACUCUGUCGCUGCUGCCCCCCCACUUCGGCCUGGUUGCUAAGGAACGCAUCGACCACAACUACCUCUCUGGACUGCUCAGAUGGUUCAGAGCAACGUUCACCCUCAACCCCAGUCUUCCCUGUGAGGAGCGUCCGGACCCCCGGGCUCUGCUGGAGAGGCGGCUGGCCAGCCUGUCAGCCAGGACCCACCAGGAGAUGACUCAUCUCUUCCUGCUCGUCCUCAGGUCUCUGCAGCUCUUCUGCCGAUUGGUUCUUUCUCUGCAGCCGACCUCCUUCAAACCCCCGUCAGCCAAGGGCAAAGGGGCCACAACAUCGACCGCUGUCCCAGGAAAGAGCCAAGAGACCCCCAAGACCUCCAAGACCCCCAAGACCCCCUCCCCCGAGCCGAAGGUCUCUCCUGGCUCCAAGAGACCGGCCGGAGCGAAGGGAGAGCGGGGAGGAAAGAGAGCAAAGAGGAAAGACAUAAAGGAAGAGGAGGCGGAGGAGAAGGUUAAAACGUCAGGAGGACAGAGACCGAAGAACUCUAAACGCCGCAGUGUCGCCUCCAAGGUCAGCUACAAGGAGGAGAGCAACAGCGAGCAGGAGGAGGGGCUCAGCGACGAGGACGACUUUCAGGCGAGUGAGGAAGAGAGUGAAGAUUCAGAGAGGGAGGAGAAAUCCACGAGGAAGAACAACAAGAAGACUGCAGCUCCAAAGAGAAGGAGUGGGGGAGGGACAAAACAGGUAAAAGAUGAAGGGGAGGAAGAGGAGGAUGCUGAUGAAGGAGAAGCAAAGCAAAGGAGCGGGAAGAAGAAGAAGAGGAGGGAGGGGCCUGGAGCGGACGAGUGGCUGGAGGUGUAUCUGGAGAAAACGUCCUCCUGGGUUUGCGUGGAUGUCGAGCACGGUGUCGGGAUGCCUCACCUCUGCUCCCAGAAUGCAACGGCGCCGGUGACGUACGUGGUGUCAGUGGACGGGGACGGGUUUGUGAAGGACAUGGGGAGGAAGUACGACCCCACCUGGAUGACGUCAUCCAGGAAGAGGCGAGUGGACGACGACUGGUGGGAGGAAACACUCGAGCCGUUCCUGGGACCCGAGGAUGAGCGGGACGUACAGGAGGACAAGGAGCUGCAGAAGAAGCUCCUGAACAAACCUCUGCCCAUCUCCAUCAGCGAGUACAAGAACCACCCGCUCUACGCCUUGAAGAGACACCUGCUGAAGUAUGAGGCCGUCUUCCCUCCAACAGCGUCGGUGCUGGGAUACUGCAGAGGAGAGCCCGUCUACUCCAGAGACUGUGUUCACACCCUCCACUCCAGAGACACAUGGCUGAAAGAAGCUCGGACUGUCAGACUCGGAGAAGAGCCGUACAAAAUGGUGAGGGGUUUCUCUAAUCGCUCCCGUAAAGCCAGGAUGAUGUCUGAGCAGAAGGACGAGAACGACCUGCCGCUGUUCGGAGAGUGGCAGACUGAAGAAUACCAACCUCCUGUCGCUGUGGACGGGAAGGUUCCCCGUAACGACUACGGUAACGUGUACCUGUUUAAGCCCUGUAUGUUACCGGUGGGCUGUGUUCACCUCAGGCUGCCCAACCUGCACCGUGUGGCCCGGAAGCUGGACCUGGACGCCGCCCCCGCCGUCACCGGCUUCGACUUCCAUGGAGGAUACUCGCACGCUGUGACCGAUGGUUACAUCGUGUGUGAGGAGCACGAGGAGAUUCUCAGAGCGGCCUGGGUGGAAGAACAAGAGCUGCAGAAACAGAAGGAGAAGGAGAAAAAGGAAAAGAGGGCGAUCUCCAACUGGACUCUGCUGGUGAAAAGUCUCCUGAUCGGAGAGAGACUGAAGCAGCGCUACGGUAAGAAGAACCAGGGGCUGGGGGGCCUCGCUCACGGAGACGACGUCGGGGGUCUUUCAUCUGACGAGGAGGCAGCGGGUGAGGGCGGAGGCCCCGGAGCGAUGACCGCAUCUGAGACUCUGGCCAUGUCCUGGCCCCAGAACAGACAAGCUGAGGAGGACGGAGGGAGCGGCAGCGGCCUGAAGAAGAAGACGACCACGAAACGAGAGAAGAGAGGACAAGAGAAACAUCUGUUCCCCUUCGAAAAAGUGUGAAGUCAGAGAUCAGACACUAAACUCUCAGAGCUGUGAGACGUUCAUCACUCUACUGUCAGAAAACACUUGAUUUACUGCUGCUGAGAUCAAGUCCUUCCGGACCUGUGAAGCACCGAGGAGCGUUUCCUUCAUUUCAUCUUUUAAUAGGCGGUAAAAAUAGGAAUUGUAAAAAAAGAAUUUAUAAAUAAAUCGAUUGUCCAUUAAUUAAUACUUCAGAUUUCAAAAUGGGUUUACAUGAACGGCAUAAAACUCAUUGAAGAAACAAUUUCCAAAUACAUUUAUUAAUUCAUGAAUGAAUAAUAACCAGUUUAUUUAAUGAUCUUUAUGCUGUUUUUGUAAAUCAUUUUGAAAUCUACAGUAUUUAUUGAUGGAUUAUUUGCUCAUUUCUAAACUUUUUUACAAUAACUCUUUUUAAUGCCUUUUAAAAUAUGAAACUAAGGAAAUGUUUAAUCUCUUUUCCUGUGACAUGCUCCUCCGUGGAAAAGAAGGUGCAACAGAUUUGAAAACAUCUGGUCGACCAUGAAACCUCCGGAUAUAACACUAAGACGAGGAGGAGGAUGACGAAGGCCAGAAGGUUUUGUAAUGAACGGAUUUUUAGACUCAUCACUUUCUUCCAGUGCUGCAAAUAUAUUCAUGAAACCUGCACUACCAAUGAACACACUCCCAUCAGGUCACCUGCUGCAUGUAAUAGAGAUCUACAGCAGGUGUUCAGGCACCUGUGAUGGAAACAUGGAGGGUCAGUGUCAAAUCCAGCAGGUGAAAACAAACUCAACAUGGAUGUCAGAACAGGAAGUGGCCUUCAGUCCCGUGUGUGUUUAACACAUAAAGGCCCAGUUCA